GCGAGAUCGCUGACAGUCGGGAUCCGGUGACACCGCCGCUGCCUGCAGCCGCAGCAGCAGCCACGGUCACUGCCGCCACCGCACUUGUUGCUUAGGACUUGUCACCAUCACCUUCUUGGCCCCGUGGUGCCCCCGCGUGUGCCCUCCCGUGGGUCCAGAGUGGAUGGUUUAAAACACGACACUAGACACACGCAGGGACAGGGACAGGGCGACGGCAUGAUGGACACGGCGACAGCCAACGGGGACGACAGGGACCCCGAGAUCGAGCUCUUCGUGAAGGCGGGCACCGACGGGGAAAGCAUCGGCAACUGUCCCUUCUCCCAGCGCCUCUUCAUGAUCCUCUGGCUGAAAGGAGUUGUGUUCAAUGUCACCACUGUGGACCUGAAAAGAAAGCCAGCUGACCUGCACAACCUUGCUCCUGGCACCCACCCGCCUUUCCUGACCUUCAAUGGGGAAGUGAAGACAGAUGUCAACAAGAUCGAGGAGUUCCUGGAGGAAACCUUGACCCCCGAAAGGUAUCCCAGACUGGCUGCGAAACACCGGGAGUCCAACACUGCAGGCAUCGACAUCUUCUCCAAGUUCUCUGCCUACAUCAAAAACACCAAGCAGCAGAACAAUGCAGCCCUGGAGCGGGGCCUGACCAAGGCCCUGAGAAAGCUGGAUGACUACCUGAGCACUCCCCUGCCUGAGGAGAUCGACAGUCACACAGGCGGGGAUGACGACAAGGGGUCACGGCGCAAGUUCCUGGAUGGGGAUGAGCUGACCCUGGCAGACUGCAACUUGCUGCCCAAGCUCCAUGUGGUCAAGAUUGUGGCCAAGAAAUACCGCAACUAUGACUUCCCUGCUGAGAUGACAGGCCUAUGGCGGUACCUCAAGAAUGCCUACGCCCGGGAUGAAUUCACCAACACCUGCGCAGCCGACAGCGAGAUCGAGCUGGCCUACGCUGAUGUCGCCAAGCGCCUCAGCCGGCCCUGAGCACAGCCACCAUCCAUCUGAUGUGGAGGACACUGCUUCCCCGACAAAACUCGGUUUUACAGGCUUCGCAAUUCCGCUUCCCCACUGACUCGGGGAACUUUUUAUCAGGUUGUUCUUGCUGGUUCCCCAGAACUUCAGCCUGCUAGCUUUGAAGGUUAGCGCGUCUUCUGUCUGGACACGCGUGAAGCUGGUACACAGGGAGGAAACAGAUGCCUCUGCACUUGCCAGUAGAGUCUGGGUUAGUGGAUUUGGGGUCAGUCUCGGGAGCCCCCUAUGGGUGGUCUCAGUCCUGUCUGCCAGCCUCCUAACAUCUCUCAGAUGCUUUAGCAAGUGCAAGACCAGCUCCUCCUUGUAGAAUCUGCAAGAACAAGGACCCACACUGCUCUCGUUAGAAUGAGUCUGCACCUUGCUAGGGGAUGCAGAGAGGCUGGGGGGACUGAGCUGGCAUGGCUCUGAGCAUCCCGCACAUGUACUUGCUGUCACUCCUGCAAAUGCUCCAAAACCAGACUACAAACUCCCUCCAGACACACUAGCAAUUCUUGACCUUGGCUGCCCUUGGCUUUUUCCUGCCUAGGCAUGGCCAAGAAGGAAGCUGGUGUGCAAUUCCAAACUGCAGGACUGCGAUGGGGAGCAGGGGAGCAGUGUUGGUGCCAAAAGGCCCAGGGUUCUACAGCCAUGGGUCUGCGUGCUUAGGAGUGGUUGUGCAGUGAGAUUGCUUACCCGGCUGGACUGCACAUCAGUAAGCAGCUUCCAGUUCAUGCUGGGGUGCAGGAGGGGGGAUGGGUGGGAACCAAGGGGUCUUUUAUGAGGCUCAAUGCCCCCUGGUCAAUGUCAAACUGCCUCUUCUCUCAGAAUCUAAGCCUUGGACUGCUGGUAUCACUAACUACCAACUUGAUAGCAAAUACCUAGAUCUGGCCAAAAUGUCUUUCUGGUCUCUCUAAGCUGCCCCUGGCCAUGGGUCCACUGGUUGAUGUUCCCUGGGAUUCCCUGGUGGCCUGGGACAGGUGGAGGCAUGUGGAGGAGUUGAAAUGAUGGUGGGAUAUCUUAGCAGAAAGCCAUGAACCUUCCUGACCCAGAAACCAUGUAGUUUAGAAGAAAAAUAGGUACCCAUUUGGGUUAACCUUCCAACUGCUGGAUGAAAAGGGCAAUAAUAUUCUCACUCAUUGUCUCUGCGUCCUUUCCCCUGCCUGUCACCUCCUGGUGCACUGGAUAUCUGCACAAAGGAAAUGGAGAGAAAUGAAUUUAGCCUCUGCUCCUCUUUAGGGGAAUGCCAUAAAAAAGUAUCUCCCCAUGGCCAUACAUCCAGCAACCCUCCCCUCUGUACUCCUGGAGGAUGCCAAGGAUCCUCCUGCUCUAGGGAAAAGCCCACUGCUGCAGAGAAAGCAUGACCAGUUCCUUCACAGAGAAAUACCAAUGAUUCUAACCCACACUCGCAUCCAAACACUACCAAGGAAUCUCCAAACAGGCAAGCAAGGGUGAGAAGCAGGGGCUCUAUUCCUACCUACCCAUGAGGACACCAGGACAUCACAUGAGUCCAUUGCUGUCCCCCACCAAAAGGCCCCCCUGCACCCCUGACAAUGUCUGAAAAGAGGAGCUAGAAGCUGGCUGAGGCACUGUAGGGAGAAGCCCCAUACCAGCCUUGGAAUGACGGAUCAAUGAUCCUGAAGGCCUUCUAAGCAGAGUGAGCGUCUAGCUCAUCAGAACCUCUCCUGAAUGUACAGUGUGGUGAGAUGACUUCCAAGUGGACCAGGUCCUGGAGAUCAACCUCAUGCUUGGAGCCUAUAAAACCUAAAAACAAACAAGUCAAUGUUAACCUUGGGUGCUCCUCCUGGGGUUGCGUUAGCUCACAUAAAUAACAGUGUUAGGCACAGCAGGGCAGGGUGCUACAGAUUCAUUAUAACCCUUCUAAAGGUGGGCAGAAGUCAUGGAAGGAAGACUCUUCCAGGUACUUGAUUCAGAAAUACGUUUUUAUUUCAACUGUAGGUUACCACAUAAUGCAACUAAUCGACUACUGAUUAGAGAUGUCUUAUGGCCAGACUCAUUGCAGUAUAUAAAAUAACAGUAGCAUUAAUAAUAUUAAUAAUAUUAAUUGCUAAUUUUUUUUCAAAAGAUACUUUUUUUCCAACCUCUGGUCCCUCUGGCCAUUGGCCUUCUCCUUGCCCCGUGGCUUCCUCUGUAUGGUGAGGCCAUGCCUCCCAGGGACCGCUUGGGACUGCUGAUGGCUUUGCGCCCAGACUGUGCAGCUCAGAAUCUUGGGUGCAGACAGUCUUGGGGAUUGGUCUUCAAAGGAUCCUUGUUUCUGAGAACACACAUUUGGUAGUACAGAAAGGAGGUUAUCUGUGUUGAAAUCCUAUUUUAUUUUGCAUUUUUCUCUCCUUUGACUUUCACACCACCAAUUUUUUUGUAAGUUGGUUAGCAAAAGACAGAAGCAGAAAACUAGAGUCAAAGAGCAUGGCUGAGGUGAAUUCAUCAUUUGUUCAGGACUGCCUAGCUCUGCAUGUGGCAGGAGAGGUAUUGUGUUCAUUUUUAAUACUCCUGCAAGAUGAGCCAGGUACAUAUAGUCCUGAUUGAUCCAGAGCACAGUUCCUUUAUCUCCUGACCAAGAAAGCCAAAUGUCAGGCAAAUUUAGAACCACAGACAGGAGUACAAGUCACUGGCAGCAGGCAAAUCGACAAAAAUGGGGGUGAUAUGACAGCCUGCUUGGCCACACAAUCCCAAGCAAGUUCAACUUCGGGAAGGGCACCCCUCAGGAUUUCCUCAUCAAACUGCUGGUGCCACAGGGGAACUUGGUCUUCUCAACACAAAGCCAAUACCAGAAGUAUCUUCCAGCACUUCUCAGUUGGAAAAAUGCUACUUGAUGGUUACUCUGCAGUCAGACAAUACCAAGUGACUUAGCAUGGUGACAAGAAGGAGCCCACAGACCUGGAUGAUCUAAGACCCCAGGAAUCAGCAAGCCUAAACACAGAAUUCGGAAAGAAGCAGAGGCAGGAAAGUCUCUCUGGCAAGAACGUGCCAUCACUAUGACACUCUGUGUUUAGAAGCAGCAGGUAUGCGGUAGGUACUUCUGGGUUCACCUCCACUCGCAGUGGCCAGGGGCCAGCUCAACAAGAUGCUGGUGUUGUUGCUUGGAAACUCAUGGUUAGAACUAAGCUCAGUGAUUCUCAAGGGGUCAUUUUCUUAUGUUCCUUAUGAUAUUAAGAAAGCAUUAGAAAAACGUAGGCAGUCAGUUCUGAUGUCUGCAGAACAUGAGCGAUGUUUUCACUGGCUCUCUAGCCCCUCUGCCCUCCAGCCUGGGCCUCAUGUCUGCAGCUGCCCACCAUUCAGAUCACACGGCCCGGGUACCCUCAUGAAUACGCUCUCUUCUCCCUUCACCCCAUCUCUCUCCAGCUUAGUUGUGGAUACCAAGUCUCGUAAUCAGAUAUGAUCCAAACUGCACGCAAUCUUACUUAAUGUUCCUUUAAUAAAUCUAUCCAACUCCCUCUGCUAACCAAAAAUAAAUAAAAUGUUGCCUCUCCAUGAGGUUGAGGCUAAUCUGUAUUUCUAUGAAUGCAAUCUGGUUUUGGCAAAACACAGUUUUAAGGAUCCAGUAGUCUAAGGCAUUCUGUAUAUAACUAGAAAUUUCAUAAUAUUAACUGUGCAUAUAUUUAAAAUAUCAAAUACCCAGCUGAUGUUUGAAUUUGUCCUUUUUUUCUGGCCACUUAGUUGUAUCAUUUUCUAAGCUGGGGCAUUUACUAAUUUAGUAAAAGAUGCCUAGCUUUUAUAAAAGAACAAGCAUUCGUUUAAUAAAGACACUCUGAAUGAUGGUUACUUGAUUUUCCAGAGACCUUUAACUGUGGUGAUAAAAUAACAGGCCUUGCUUUCAAGCCUUAAUAAAUGUAAAAUGACUUUUAAUGAAGAUAGAGCUGAGUGCUUUCCUCAUGACUCUGGAGCAAUCAUGAAUUUGUUUCCUGGUCUUGAUUGGAAUUGACUGAUUUCAAAUAAAAUUGGUUUAUUUUCAAAUAUUACAAA